AUGGAGCUUCCACCUGGACUUUCUGUCCAUGUUUCCUCUGUCCCUUUGGUUUGUAAACUUCAGAAAUCCCUAGGUUCUGGGGAUUCUCUAGUCAUAUUAGUUGUGUAUGUAGAUGAUAUUGUCUUGACUGGGACUGAUUUGGAAGAAAUUAAUGCUCUCAAGUCUUUUUUUCAUGAGCAGUUUAGGAACAAGGAUUUGGGAUUACUUAGGUACUUUCUUGGAAUUGAAGUUUUGUGUUCUCCUAAUAGGGUUUUGCUUCACCAAAGUAAGUUUGUUGGUGAUUUACUCAAAAAGUUUCAGCCUGAGGUUUGUUCUCCUGUAAUUUGCCCACUUGAGUUGAAUGAAAAGUUGAAAUCUGGUGUUGGGGAUCCUUUGCCCAAGCCUGAUGUGUAUAGAAGUUUGGAUCUCAGCCACUUCAUGCAAUAUCCUUUUGUCCCUCAUAUGAGAGCUGCUAUUCAUCUGCUCAGAUAUUUAAGGGGCACUUCUGGUCUUGGUUUGUUCUUCAAUAAUUCUGCUGAUCUUUCCCUUAAAGUCUACUGUGGUAGUGAUUGGGCAUCUUGCCCUGACAGUAGGAGUUGGAAGGCUAAGAAACAGCUUGUGAUCUCCUGGUCCUCUGCUGAAUCAGAAUACAGAUCUUUGAGCAAAGCUGUAGGUGAAAUUACUUGGUUGUCUAGAUUGUUAACUGAUUUUGGUUUUCCUCCAUUCAUUUUGCAAAGAAUCCAAUCUUUCAUGAGCGUACAAAGUACAUUGAACUUGAUUGUUAUUUUGUUCGCACAAAGCUUCAAGCUGGGUUGA